AGUAACUGGUCAGUAGGGAGAUCACGACCACACAAAUCCGCACAAGUCGGCAACGGAAUACUCACGCGGCGUGGUCGAAGGUCUUGGUCCACUUGGCAUGUUCCCAAGGGUAAGCAGUCGGGUGCAAACUUGAAAUCCAGACGUCAGCUUCACGGGCCUGGUUUGAUACAGCCGGGUUGAUCGGAGCAACGGAGGAGACUCCCAUUGAGGGCCAUCUCCGAAAUUCUCCCCAGCGAUUGACUCACCCCUCUUCGGCGGGCGUCGAGGCGAAGGCUUCCUGUCCAUAGAGAUGGUAGUACCAGGCGGCCGACCCGAUGGCGGCGGCGGUUGCGACGGAGGCAGUGAGAGUGAGCUGGAAGGGGGAGGCGGAUUCGGCGCCGGCGGACGAGGAAGACGCACGCUGGAUGUAAGGUUAGUAUUAUGCCCUUUCGACGAAGGCCACAGGCCAUUGGCAACGGAUUGGGCUCGUGGAUGGAGGCCAAUGGGGGGAGAGGGGGGCGGAAUGUCGGGGGGAGGAGCGUACCGUGGAGGUCUUGCUCAAGGUCUGACGGGCGACAGCCCGGAAGGGCACGCUGCGCGAGACAGUACGUGCCAGCAUACUGACAAUAUGAAGGGCCCUCCGAUCGAUGGGAAAACCAGAAGGCACGAUAGCCUGGAAAAAGCGGAGAGGGGAGGGGGGGGUGGAGGAGGGAGAGAGCAGGAGAGAGUGCUUUCAGAGGUGAAGUCGAGGAUCGAGUCGAACGGUCAAGUUUCUCUUGGUUUGGAAUUGCCUAAACCCUCGCGCUGAUUGGCCCGCCACGCGGCUCUAACUGUCUUCGGUCAAACCCGCGACUUUUCGGAA